UGUUGCCAUCAUCUAAUAUUACUUACAGUAUUUUACUGUGGGUAAUGGUUGUCAUUAUAGAGGUUGCAUUUGUCGUGGUUUUGUUUUCAAGAAAAGAUAUAAAGUUAGGAGCUGCUGUUAUGGUAAAAACAAGUCAAGUAUUGUAGAAACAGCAUUAGAAUAUAAUAAGUUGAGUUAAAUUUGUUUGUGUUUUGACAGACAGGUUAAAUAUAACAAUAUUCUUUGCUUUACUCUACAUUGUAGUUGUGUUUAAGCAACCCAGGUUUAAAAUAAGGAUCUUUAUUUAAACAAUGGAACAAGUUGAUGUUGACGACAUAGAGGAGCACGAUGGUGAGGUGAUUGUAGAUGCAGCCGAACCAAUCAACAGGGAACACAAAUCCUCAUUCCUACCAAAGUCUGUCCUUCAACUUACCAAGUUUAAUCGAGCGAAAGUUGCCGACACAUCGUCAACAACGAGUACAUCGGCCCCACAAACCCCCACAGAUGGUGAUGUCACAAACCCCAUGGAUGACUCGCAUGCAACCCUUGGUGUGGAGAAGGAAAUCAACUCAGUCGUUCGAUCGCGGUCGCUAGAAAAUUAUUAUCGCGAACAAUUAGAUCGAAACGAUCACAAGAAGUCGUUCAAAGCUCGGUUGUUCGGGAGCACCACAGCCCUACCUACCAUAUCCGCCCCGAGCUUUUUGAGAAGGAGGAAUGUUCAUGAUGAAUGCGAUGAAGGGGGAGGCUUGAAGUUGAAUAAGAGGAAGCAACGGAUGAAGGGAGAUGUGACAGCGGAUGUGGAGUUUAUGUGGCAGCCAUCGACGACCCGGGAGCCGAGGUCGAGCAUGGACAGCGUGCAUCAGGCAAAAACAAACGAAAUCCAACCGAUUGUUGCCCCAUUAUUGAUGACAACUGCUUCAGAUGUAUCGUACGACGCAGUAGAUGGGUCACCCGGUGUUAGCGAGGCGCAACGUAACAGACAACUUGUCGAACAUAUUCAACAAAAAAUAUUAAAGAUCAGUGAAGCCAUCAAACUUGAGCAAUCCACGCGCGAUGAAAACGUGGGCGAUUAUUUAAAGUUGGCUGGCAAUGCUGAUAAACAACAAGUAGCGAGGAUAAAAAGUGUCUUCGAGAAAAAGAAUCAAAAAUCCAACGCAGCCAUAGCACAGCUAAAGAAGAAGUUCGACACGUACCAUCGUAGAUUGCGCGAGAUCGAAUCAAGCGGGGCCGUGGGUCGUCAGAGUAAAUCGUUACGGGAUGUCGGGGCAAACUUACGUGACUUCUCGGGUGGGGUGGUGGAUAGUGUGAAGGGGGGGCUGUCGGGGUUGCAACAGGCAACGCAGAAUGCUGCUGGAGCGAUCGCUUCCAAACCCAAGGACCUCGCUUCGAAGUUGAAGAAUAAAUUUGGAAGCGCGGAUAAUUUAUCCUCGUUAAAAUAUGAGGAGGGUGGUUUGGAAGACACUUCACUAGACUACCGUUACACGAGCGCAGACGACGUUAGUUCCACUUCCUCCAUUGAUAUCGGGCUGUCAAUCAACCACGACGAGCAUGUUGUGCAUAACUCUAUAUUAUCGGGACCCGACAGCCCACAUAGUGGAUUAAGGAGAGUCGACCCACAAUAUAUGCAAGCCAUCAUCAACCAAGUAGCUGGAGUGAAGUCAGAUCUUGUGAGCACCCAGGUGGCUCACCAGCAGUUUGAGGUGGAGUGGGAAGAUUGGAAACGAUUGGAACAAAAUACGAUCGACCUUCUUACAAGGUCGCUACAAGAGGAAAGAUUCAGAUGCGAGCGAUUAGAGGUUCAAUUAAACGACUUGACUGAACUCCACCAACGUGAAGUUACCAACCUUAAACAGGAGUUGUUUAGUAUGGAGGAGAAAGUGGAGUAUCAUGCUAGUGAGAGAGCAAGGGAUAUGCAGGAAGCGAUAGAAAGUUGCCAAACCAGGUUGGCGAAAAUGGAACUCCAGCAACAACAAUUGGUAUCAGUUGAUGGAUUGGAGAACGCUACAGCUCGAGCUUUAUUGGGAAAGCUGAUUAAUUUGUUGUUGUCAGUGAUGGCUGUGUUGUUGGUGCUAGUGUCAACUGUUUCAGGGUUGCUUAAACCACUCACCAAGUCCCCGGUACGCGUCAUAUCAACUGUGGUAGUCAUCAUCUCAAUUAUCAUCGCUUAUAAAACCUGGGAUACGAUACCUAUGAUGUCAUCGAUGAUGUCAUCAAGAUAACAAGAGCUCCUCUAGUGUUGGAACUCCAUGCACUCGUCAAGCGGCGUAGAUUAAUUCAUCAUAAUUCAAACAACAUCCACAUAAUAUUAGGGAUGGCUCUUCUUGGUGAAAAUGGGGUUUUGUGAAAAUUAUUCCCUGAUGAGGUCUUGCUGUACGGCAGAUGAAACGUUGGUGCAAUUAUGUUAAGGUUUUUACCAGAAGAGUUAUUUCAUCCAUCAUGCCUGGUAGUAACAGCAGCUAAACAUUCAACAUAACAUAGCAGUAACUUUACUAACUGUGUGCGCUGUAUAACAGACCAGCCAUAUUUUACUUUAUUAACACUGUGACCAUGUGGCUAUUUUAAAUUUGCAAUUGACAAAGUGCAAAUCACGUAUUACUAGUGAUUGAGGUACUUGCCUGUAGUUAUUGAUGUCACUAAUAAAGCAAUUAAACUACCUA